CAGAAACGACAGCUGAAAGAAGACUUCCUUGAAUAUAUUUGCUACAACAGCCUAGCCAGUGAGGGGAAACCUGCUUGUCACAAACUUUGUGGACCUCUAUCCAAUACCAAAUUAAGAUUCAAACUGAGUGAGAAACUGAAUAGAUGAAACUAGACUUCAUAGAUAACUUACACAUAACUGAAGAAAAGAAAAAAAUAUCAAACGGAGCUGUGAAGAGGAACUAUGGAGAAUCCAUUGCUCUUGUCCCCUCACUCAAAUACCACUUCCAGAAUGAGAUCACUGUAUAAAAUUGUGAAAUCUAAGAAUAAAGAAGAUGAAAAAGCAGAAACAAAAAGCAGGACUCAGGAAAAAAGGAACCGGCAAAGUCUUUUGCAGAAGUCUGAACUGCACCCAGACUUAAAUUUGGACAAAUUUGAAAAAUUAAAAAAAGGUUCAAGUGAGUCUCCUGACAUGAUAAAGAAGUGGGGUGAAUCUUUUGACAAUCUGAUUUCACAGAAAGCUGGAGUGGAUACAUUCACACGCUUCCUAAGAAGUGAGUUUAGUGAAGAGAACAUUGAGUUUUGGAUGGCAUGUGAAGAUUACAAGAAAUGUAAAGAUGCUUCUCAACUUUCAGGCAAAGCACAGACAAUUUAUGAAACAUUUAUUGAAAAAGAAGCACCAAAAGAGGUUAACCUUGACUUUAACACCAAAGUGUGUACCAGUGAGAAUAUGAGCCAUCCAACACUGAACACCUUUGAUGCUGCACAGAAUAAAAUCUAUGCCCUGAUGGAACAGGACAGUUACCCACGUUUCCUGAAGUCUGACCUUUACUUAGAUCUGGUCCAUGGCCAACCACACGGCCGUUCUGCUCUUAGAAGGAGAUCACGCUCUUUUACCUUCAAUGAAUUCAAAGAUGUUCAACCAGAUUUUGGAAUCUGGAUGUAAAUAAAUAUAUAUUACAUAACUUUUUGAUGAUAAGACAUUACAGAGGAUCAUCACCACAGGUGGCUCUAUGUGAGUGUAACUUCGCCAGAUCCCAUGGGUGAUCAGAUCCAAUGGAUUUUUAUUCUCAGGUUCAUCCAUUUCCCAGGAAUCUGUGACAAUGGCCUCAAGUGAUGAGUUACCUGGUAAAGAUGGCACUGUCAUUUAAUAACAAAGUGAUAUUCACUCAGACACAAUGUUUCUAAAGUGUAUGUGUAUCUUUUCAUGCCAUGUACAAAAUCUAAAUAAAAGGUGAUAUAUUAAUCUACAGCCUUAUACUCGGGGUACACCUACAAUGUAAAAUUACUGCAGUUUCACCAAUUUUAUUGUCAUAGUUCAAUGUUAUGGAAUCAUGGAAGCUGUAAUUUUACAACCACAAAUCCCAUGUUACCAUAGUAAUGAGCCAUGACAGUCAAUGAAGUCAAACACUAAUAAUUCUACAGUGUAGAUAUGCCCUUAGUUAGCAGGGAAUAAGAAUCUUUGAACUCAAUGUGUUUUACAUCUAAGCAGGCAAGGGCAGGGCAUGUGCAUUGAUAUCGAAGGUCUCAGAUUGAGUCCAUGGCAUUCUUGUGCAUGUCAGAAAAAUACCCUUUCUUUAAAAAAGGACAUUAUCAUCUAUUAUUUCCAAAUAAACUAAGUUAGAUGGAUCAAUAGUCUGAUUUAACAUAAGACAGCACCUGUAUACAUACAUAUCUUUCCAUUCUAUCAGCUAGCAGUUUGUCCUUCUAUGCCUAUUAUAACUUGAUUAAUUAAUUAUUUAUUUGUUGAUUCAUGUGCAAAACAUUCAUCUAUUCUUCUCAAAGCAAAAUAAAAAAAACAUAUAUGCAUCCUGCAUAAGCAGACUUGGUUUAUAAUCAGCAGUAAAUUAUGAUGCAAUCCCAUGAUUGGGUGCAAAGCCCAUUGCACACAGUAAAUAUGGUUGCGAUUGUGCUUGCAAUAGUUGUGAAUGGUUGUGAAGUGGCUUUCCCCUUGGACUUUGUGGACUUUGAUUAUUUGUUGGAGUGUUUAAACUAUGCCUUCAUCUAUGUUCAACCUGUACAAUUAUAAAUAAAAAUCAAUAUAAC